AAGAGUUUAUUAAAUACCUUACAUUAGCUGCUGAUAAUUGUAAUCCUUAUGCAUUAUUUCACUUGGGUGAUAUGUAUUUAAAUGGAAAAUUUCAUGUUAAACCAGAUCGUGAUCUUGCUAUUAGAAAGUUGAAAUUGGCUACCUCUCUUGGAAAUUCCAAUGCAAAAGCAUUGCUAAAAAGAGAGG